UUCACAUGCUUUCAUUUCCCUUCUCUCCUCUCCAAAACCUUCCUCUUCUCAGGCCAAUCUUGUCAAAGAUUUCUCAGGCCAAAUUGUCAUUUCAAGGGAAAGAAAAAUAAGUACUACCGUAUUUUUUAUUUCCUGGAAUCUUUCCUAUUGGAAAGUUUCUUUUUCCUCUUUUCUUUUCAGAUCUUUGGCUUGUACUUUUUUUUCUAAAAUAUGACUAGAAAUCCUCUCCAUUUUACUCCGUCCCAAUCUGUGGUUUCUCUUACUUUCUACCUUUCUGGUUCUUUCUAAUUUUUGAGCUCUAGAUAUUCAAAACUGGGUUCUUUUCAUACCAUUAUCCAGACCCUACUCCUUUUUUUCAAAUCCCUGAAAGUAAUUGCAUUGCAAGGAAGUUGUAGCUCAUUGGCCUAAUUUUGGUUCCCGUUUGUGUCCCUGUUAAAGUUUCAAUAUUCAACUCCCAUUUUUCUAUUUCCCCAUGCCAUCAAAAUUUUAUUUUUGAUGAGGCCAUUUGCUGCUAUAUUCAUCAAUCUCGUGUUCCUAAUUCCUAGUCAAAUAUUAGAUGAUCCCAAUUUGAUUUUCAUUUGUACCCUGGUCUAAAAGGGAGAUUGAUCUUACUGCGGUGGUCAAGGUGGUACACACACUGGCUUCUUGAUUUUUAAUCAGCUUUCCUGCCCUUGUAAAGUACCAAAGUCCCAUUCUUUAGACCCUUCUUGAAUUUGUAGUCGCUCCAUUGUCAUUGUUUUCUGCUUGAUUAAGCAUACAAUCCUUGAAAUUCUUAGAUUUAGUCGUGUUUUUGACUAAUAAUCGUUGACAUGUGAUUCAUUGGCUUUAAUUUUUGUGUCAAUGAUCAUCUUGAAUCUCUCCUGUUUCGUAAGCUUCAUUGUGUUUAAGCUGUCUACUUUUUUACUACAUGCUGCUGUGCCUCCGAUGUGUAAAUUGAGGUCCAGUGAAUUUCGUCUCUCCUGCUUGUUUAGAGGCUUCUAAGUAGUCACUGAAUUUGCUGCUUGUUUUCUUGCAUAACUAAGCAUUUCAAGUAUGCUUAAGCAGGGCAAUUUCUUGUUCAGUUCACCUUUCCUUCUAUGUGUCUUCCUUUGGUUCUUUCUCAUUCAUAUUGUUGUUUCACAUAUUCCCUUGGGGUCAAAGCUUUCUGUAGAGGAAAAUAACUUGUGGGUUUCCUCCAAUGGUGAUUUUGCUGUUGGAUUUGUUAACCAUUCUGAACAGCCUAGUCAGUGUAGUGUAGGGAUACGUUUCAAUUCAAAAUCUAUUCCUUUCCCCAAGCAAACUGUGGUUUGGGUUGCUGGAGCUGAUGUCACUGUGGGUAACAAGUCCUUUUUCCAGCUUUCUCAAAACGGGGAGCUGGUAUUGGUUGAUUCUUUGAGGGAAGUUACUGUGUGGACCAGCAACACGAGCCAAUUAGCUGUUGCUUCGGCUCUUCUUCGUAAUGAUGGCAAUCUUGUUCUAUUGAAUAGAAAGAAGGAUGUUGUUUGGCAAAGUUUUGAUAAUCCAUCCGACACACUUCUUCCAGGCCAGAAUUUACCUGUUCAUAAAACCCUUAGAGCAGCAAGCAGAAAUUCUGUUUCAAGUUAUUACAGUCUUCAUAUGAAUGCUUCAGGUCAGUUACAGCUGAAGUGGGAAAGCGAUGUUAUUUACUGGUCCAGAGGAAAUCCUUCUAGUUUGAAUCUUGGCGUCGUCCUUACCUCCGGUGGAGUCCUGCAACUUGUGGACCACAAUCUGAAUCCUGUUUGGUCUGUUUUUGGGGAAGACCACAAUGACAGUGUAAAUUUUCGGUUACUUAAAUUAGACAUUGAUGGUAAUCUGCGGAUAUACUCAUGGGUAGAAGCUACAGGGUCAUGGAGAUCAGUUUGGCAAGCCGUUGAAAAUCAAUGCAAUGUUUUUGCAACCUGUGGCGGGCAUGGCAUCUGUGUUUUCAAUACAUCAGGAUCUCCCGAAUGCCGAUGCCCUUUCAAGACAACAUCUUCAUCCAACUUGAAAUGUUUUGCACUGAAUUGUGAUUCUAAUCACAGUAUGGAUACUUAUGAGCACACUUUUCUGUAUGGGAUUUAUCCACCAAAUGAAUCUAUCACCAUUACUAGUUUACAGCAAUGUAGAGAGUUGUGCAUGCAGGACCCAGCUUGUACAGCUGCAACCUUCACAAAUGAUGGAACUGCUCAGUGCCGAAUGACGACAAGUCCAUACUUCUCUGGGCAUCAAAACCCCUCUUUAAGUUCGAUAUCUUUUGUUAAGACAUGCUCGGACCCCAUAGCUGUUAAUCCCCAUAAUUCAGGUUCUUCUCCAUCACUAUCUCCAGUCAAACGGUCUCAUGGGUUGUGCCUUUCUUGUCAAAUUGGUGGAGCAGCCUCAGGCACAUUACUUUUAUUUGUUGUUGUUCAGUUAGGGAUUGGCUACUUCAUCUAUAGAAGAAGAAAUCAUAUUUUGAGGAAAGCUGCUUUAGCUUACACAGGCCGUAACUCUAAGGGUGUGAUGAUGUUACCAUUUACAGAAAUCAAGGACAUCACUGGGAAUUUCAAGCACCAGAUAGGGCCAGGUAUGUAUAGAGGUGCCCUUUCAAACCAACAGCCAGUAGCAGUCAAAGACCUUGACGAAACCAUUGAAGAAAGGAAGUUUCGAGCUGCUGUAUCGAAGAUAGGAAGUAUACAUCACAAAAACCUGGUGAAGCUGAAUGGCUAUUGCUGUGAGUUAGGCCAUAGAUAUUUGGUCUACGAAUAUGUCAAAAAUGGUUCUCUGGACAAAUGUAUCGAAGAUGAUGAGUUGAAUCAAAGACUGACUUGGAGAAGGAGAGUUGACAUAUGCUUAACUGUGGCGAAGGCUAUUUGUUAUUUGCACGCGGGAUGUAGGGAGUUUAUAAGCCAUGGAAAUUUGAAAUGUUCAAACGUAGUCCUGGAUAAAAAUUACGAGGCCAAGGUGAGUGAAUACGGGUUGGAAAUGGUUCGUCCUGAGGAAUCAUACGGUGGAGAGAAAGAUGUGGCGGAUUUUGGCAAGAUGGUGCUGAUAUUGAUAACCGGGCGUCCAGAAGUCAAGGAUCUUUGGGAGUGGACCUAUGAGGAAUGGAUCCAGGGGCACCCAGAGAGGGUGAUUGAUAAAAGACUUGAUGAUGGCGUGGAUUUAAAGGAGCUAGAGCGAGUGUUACGAAUUGCUUUCUGGUGCCUUCAAUCAGAUGAACAGAUGAGACCUUCAAUGAGUGAGGUAGUGAAGGUAUUGGAAGGGUCAUUAACAGUUGAUCCCCCACGACCUCCUUUCAGUCAAAGGUUAUCAGAAGAAGAGUCCCUGGAGUCAGGCUCCAAACCUCAAAGUCCAAUGGAACCAUGAAGAUCAGUUAGUUUAUUAGCUUUCCCACUAUGGUCUAUAUAGUAGAACUAACACUGCUUGGUGGUAAAAUUCAGCACCUGCUUUGAUAUGCUCAUGCCAUUUUUCCAUCAACUGCUUGAGUAUAUGGACUCCUGUAAGAAGAAGAAGUUCCGUUGAGUCUUAUAGUUUGAAAUCAAAAUGCAACUUCAUACGCACUUUGGGAUGCCAUAUUUGCAAGAUAAAUGGUGGUUCUAAUGCGAUUGAUGCAUAGCCUCAAGCUUUUUUGGGGGGCUUACUCAUCGUUCUUAUCUCUGAUAUGGAAUGCCAGAACAGUCAACCACUAGGGUUGUAAACCUAUGAAACCUGCGACCUCUUUGGCAACUUCUCCUCAAGGCACGUCGCCUGAAACUAGUAAGCCAGUGCCUAAUUCAAGUACCUCUUUACCAACAAUUGCCUGCUCUCGUUUUUGGAGGGAAGGAUGUGGAAGGGCUUGAAGCUUGACGGUCCAUGAAACUUGAUGUUGAUUGCUGGCCCAUUUUAGGUUUGUUUGCAAUAUCAAAGCUCUAUUUUCAUAAUGAGUGGGCCUUGUUAACAGUAUUCAAGUAGACCUUUACCUAAAUUCUAGGUUGGUUUGCAACAGCCUAAUUAAUUAUUUAGAUGUCUUUUUGGAGGAAAAUAAUUGCAAUAUUAUUAUUCUUUAUUUGUUUUAA